UUUGAAUUAGAAUUCGAAUAGUCAUAAGCUAGAAUAGUAAUAUGUCCGAAUCAACCGAUAUGGACUGCGCCAACUCUGAAUCCAUGCUGAUUGGAGUGCAGCAUGUGGGUGUGACAGCCAAAAUACAGUCGCCACUCAAGAAGGUCCGUCCCCGUAUGGAAAUAUCCAGCGAAUCGGACAUGUAUCAAGAUGCCCCGAUCAAAACCCAAUAUCAAGUGUUCAAAAACGACCGAUUGCAAGAGACAACUGGCACCACAACGGAUGGCAGCUCACCGCCCGCUCUGUACAAGAUGCGUGCCGAGCCGGAGAGCUUACUGCUGGGUAGCGUGAAUGAAAACCCGGAACGCAUUGAGUUCCAGCGCUACUCGAAGCGGCGUCCCCGUGUCUCUGUGCCACUACGUGGCCGUGCUGGAGUCCACCCGAGAUCAAAGGCGAACAAAGCAUCCCAGGCGCCGCAGCUGACGAAGAAGAAGAAGGAGAAACCAGGCAUUGUCAACCGUCUGAUGCACGCGCUGGACAACAUGUGCAAGUGCCAGCCGCAGCACUCGCAAAGCCUCAUCGACAAUCUGCCCGAGCCGCACUGGAACAAGAAGGAGGAAUCGCGCCACACGUGCAUCGGCAUAUAUCCGUUCGAGCACGGCUGUGCGGAUUAUCUGAGCACCACGGACACACAUCCCAGGAUCAAUGCCAUUGUCCUCGCAGAUCGGGCCACCACCUAUGCCACUCACUUCUGGGCGGAGCUGUUUGGACUCCUGCACAUUGCCGUGGCCUUUGUGGUGGCCUUCAUUCUGCAGUGCUAUCGAUUCGUGCUCUACUCUCUGGUCAACACCCUCCUUGUGGGACUGCUGCACUUGACCUCCGACUAUGUGCUGAAGCCUGUGCUGACCACGCUGUUCAAUGGUUUCCUGCAGCCGCCCCUGAUCCUGGUGUACAACAUUCUCUGCUCCUUGCGUGACAUUACGGAGCCUCUGGGCGAUGCCUUGGGACAUUUCCUCAAGCCGCUGGCCACUGUUUGCGGCAGCCUGCGACUGGUCGAUGUCAACCACCGUCCAGUCCGACGUUUAUCCAAAAACGUUUGAUUUUCCUUGUUUGUUCUUUCGUUUGUUUAAAUUCGU